ACUUGCUUUACUUGCUUCACUUCCCAUGGUCUGGUGGCCCCUGCCAUGUGUCGCGCUGUUGCCAGUACAUGGCGACCUCCUCGCCCGGGAUGGUGUGUCCAGCGUGCAAGAGUGGGAGGACAGCUUGGCCGACGAGACGGCGGCCCUCCGGGACGUGUCUUCUGACGUUUGCUGGCAGGGUGGGUUCACCAAGGAGAGGUGCUGCCGAGGUGAUCCCUCCACGACGUCUGAGUGCUGGGAUGGCAGCUACAGUUUCGGGGAGUGUUGUCCGAAUGCAGAUUGCUGGAUGGGGGACGCCUUCACGUACGACUUCUGCUGCGGGGACAAGUAUGGGGCGACGGGUAACCCAGCAUGCUGGUCUGGAUCAUUCACUCACCAACUGUGCUGCUUGGCAAACGCCACCUCCAACAGCUGGGCCGACAUUUUGGCGUCUGAGAUUGAAACUGAGCAGUUUUACAAGAUGGAUGACUUCUAUACUGAUGCGCAGUACGGAGAUGAGUGGGGGUACUACUCCAAGGGCCACGUCUUGCUUGGCGGAGGAAAGGGUGGUCAGGGAACAGAAAGCACGCAGCAGUUUGCUCACUUUACGACCUAUCCCAUGGCCCUUUCCCCGCAUUUUGCCAGAGUGUUUUGCCGGCUCCUGUUCAUCAUGUGGGUCCAGCUGAACGAGCGCGCCCCGUUCCGAAUCGUGGAGAUGGGUGCAGGCUCUGGGCAGCUUGCCUAUGACACGCAGCAGUGCGUUCGGACGAACGCGCUCGGCCUGGCUCCGGCUCUUUGGCGGCGGUGGGCUGCAGCCUUCGAGUACACCAUAAUGGAGAGGUCUCCAGCGCUUCGCCAGCGCCAACAAGCCCGUGGUUUACGAUCUGUAGCUGGAGAUGCGCAAUCAGCAGCGAGCUGCAAAUCUGUGCUAGCUGCGCUGGCGGCCUCGCCAGCUUGCACAGGCGGCCUUGAUGCGCCCGAAUGCCAAGCCACCGAGAGGGGGACGCCAGAGGCAGGCGCUUCAGUAGUUCUGUCGAACGAGCUUCUCGACGCUUUUGCGCCUGUCAAGCUGCGGUUUGGGCUGUACGGGAAGCCCAACAUCACAGAUUGCAGAUCCUGGCAAGAAGUCAGCCUGGUGCACACAAUCACCGAGGAGAAGCUGCAGGAGCUGUUGCGAGUUCUGGGCUACUCCCAGGACAUGGCAGAUUCUACAAUCUCCCAGGUGCGGGGCUACACAGACGCAACUUUCUGCGCCAUGGCCAAUAGCACCAUCGGCUUGGAGGUUCAAAAGCAGGUUUCUGCCAACACGUCUUGUUUGGCAAUCACCUUCAGCUUGAGCGAGUUGGUGAACCAUUUGGACCUUGGUGUCCCGUUCGCUUCGCACAAUAUGCGGAUGCGUAUCAGGAAGGAUGGCAAGCUUUCAGAUCGACUUCGGAUGAUCACGGAACGUCUCAACAGCGAGUUGCAGACUUCUGUUGCGCUGCCCCGUGAUGUGUACAGACAGGUGCGCCAUCAGCUCCGUGACUUGCCGGACUUGGAGGCUGAGUUUCUGCACGCGACCCAGACGCAUCUCUUCCCCGUGUCCAUUGGGGAGGAGCGCUGCGAAGACUUGCAGUGGUGGUUCAAAGCACACGAAGCCAGAAUCGCUAGACUUGCUCUCUUCUAUCGAAAGUUGGGCUAUCCUGCCCUUCACCUGGUAGUGCGGCCGGGUGAGGACAACUUUGUGGACCUGGUGGACUGCUUGCUAGGACCCACAGGCGGCUUCAAGCUGAGCUUGGACUAUGGCGCCAACUUCGAGGGGCUCGCGCACAGUCUGAGCGUGGAUGGGACCAAUGACGGGAUCUUCGUCCCGCCGAUUCCGCAUGAAUUGAUGGAAGGCCUGCCGGAGUGUCACAACUUCUGGCCAAAGUGUGCCGGGCGAAUCGACUGGACAACUUUUGUGGAUUUCACAAACCUCGCUGCAGCCGGCGAAUGGCGCGGGUGGCGAACCGUGUUUUAUGGCCCGCAGAACCUCUUGGAGCAGCUCAGCCGGCUCAACAUGUCACUGCAUGGGCAGUCCUAUUCGAUUCCCGGAUAUGCAGUGCUCCAAGAUGGUUGGGCAUCCAGACAUGUGAAGGGCUGGUAUGGCCGCGAGAGCGACAUGGAUGGGACUGGCGUGCAGAGGUGGACAUCCUUCAAGGCUUUGUUGCUGGAGAAACCCUCUGCCAAAGAAAGCCUAUCGCCCAUCCUGUUUCCGUCGUGGCAUCUGGAUGCGCGCCUGGUGGAUCCAUGCUGGAGUUUCGACCCUUCAACGGUCCCGCUUGCGGAUUGGAUUCCCAGACAGGGCAACGACCCGCAUGAUGCUCUGACAAAGUUGACAGACGAAAUUAACCAGCAGCUGGGCAGACAGUAUGCCGAAGGCUACGAGGAAGCCCAGUUGGCAGUCCGCCUAGUGGAUUUCCUCGUGGCCAAAUCUGGCUGUGACAUACUCCGCCAAGAAGCUGCAGCUUCGGCCCUGGAACAGCCGGGGAAGUGGAACGCAAUGAGAAAGCGCCUGCUCCUCAAGUGGGGUGACAUGUGGGGCGAGGAGACGGUGACGAGGGUGGCACGCGGAGUCUUUGAGAGGUUGGCUGGCGAAGAUGUGGCAAAUGCAACGUCGCCUUUCGCGUGUGCUGGCCAACAAGCUGCCGCGCUUCUGUGCGACCUGCCAGGCGGUGCUAGCAAAGCUGGAGGCGUGUAAGAAAAGAAGGAGAAAAACAAACAAACAAAGCAAAAAAGAGGGCGGGUGACAGCCCGAUGUCGCGCAGACGGCUGAGCACAGAGAGGGUGACUGGGUAGGUGCAUGGAAUCCGUGCC